GAAACUUGUUUGUCAUGCAAAGCCCUUACCAGUCACGUCACCACCCUACGUGUCACUUCCUCACCCUUCCUCCCCUGCUUUAUAUUCCUCCCUCUCUCUCUCCCUCUCUUAAUUCCCUUCCACACUACCCUCUCUCUAUCCCACAUCUCUAAACUCAAAAACAAUCUCAUCAAGCUCCAGAAUUCUUCAACAACAACAAUGGAUCGUACACACCCGCACCAAGUCCAGGUCCACUCCCAACCUGAUUACCAGCGAACCGGUCCGUCCGCUUCGACCAUACUGGCUGUCAUGACCGGGCUUCCAAUCGGCGGAACACUCCUCGCGCUGGCAGGGUUAACCCUUUUUGGAACGCUCAUUGGACUGGCGGUGGCGACCCCUGUGUUCCUAAUCUGUAGCCCUGUCAUCGUCCCGGCUUCUCUGGCCAUCGCGUUUGCGGUCACCGCUUUCUUGUCGUCCGGGCUGGUCGGGCUGACCGGUCUGACCUCGCUGUCAUGGUUCGCUCGAUACCUCCGGAUGGCGACGGAGGAGGUGCCUGGGCAGCUCGAGGAGGCGAGGAAGAGGGUGCAUGAUGCGGCAGGGUAUGUUGGGCAGAAGACCAAGGAAGUCGGGCAGGAGAUCCAGAGGAAAGCUCAGGAAACAAAACCAUGA